GAGGGAGGGGAGAGGGGGUAAACAGAGGGAUAAAAAAAAUUGGUUUUCUUAACCUAUGUACAUUGCAUACUAUAUCGAUUCUCUGUUGAUCAACUUAUUCUUUCUUCUUCUUAUUUUUACCAUCCCUUUGUUCUUUUCUUGGUUGGACGUUCUUUCUUUCAAUCGGGCAAUCUCUCUUGUUUUAUUUAUUUUUGUACAUAAUUCAUUUUGCAUUAUAGAUGUUAGCACAAUGUCGGGGUCCGAUCAAAGUUCAAGCAACUCACCUUAUUACAUGACUCGACGGCGGGUUGGGGAUUUCUUAGAAUCCCAGGACCAUAAUGGCAUCAUCGGAGGAGGGUCUGGUGCGUCUGGUGGAGGAGAGAAAAGAAUGAUGAAUAAUAAAUUGACGGAGUUGCUGAAGCGACGUAUGGGGAGAAAGGGCACGUUUGGGGUAUUGUUACUAAUGGCAUUCUUAACAAUGUUGGCGAAAUUCCCCCUCUUGCACACCCUCCAAAACAUGGAAUCAGGUUAUGGAUUCAUCAUGGCGGGUAGCCAACGACUUGAGAUUAAUCUCACGAACGAGACUUCUACAACAGGUAGUGUCGAGAAGUUAUUGAAGACGCCGCAGAAGUUCUUGAUUUCAAACAUAUGGGAGAAACCUAACGGUGAAAACCUCUACAAAUGCAUUAACAGGUCAAAAAAUGACGAGAGGAAUACAGCUACGACCACAAAUGGGUACCUUGAAGUUCACGCUAAUGGUGGAUUGAACCAAAUGAAAGCUGGGAUCAGUGAUAUGGUAGCCAUAGCCAAACUAAUGAAUGCCACUUUGGUUCUUCCUUCUCUCGACCACUCUUCUUACUGGACGGAUCCAAGUGGUUUUAAAGACAUUUUCGAUGUCGGCCACUUCGUUGAGGUCCUGAAAGACGAUAUCGAGAUUGUGGAGUCAGUUCCUCGAGAACUCGAUGGGGUAACGCCAUUGGAGAAACCGCCAGUUUCGUGGUCCAAGCCUGCUUAUUACAGAAACCAUAUGGCUAGCCUGCUGAGAAAGCAUAAGGUGAUCAGGUUCACUCACUCUGAUUCUCGACUCGCCAACAAUGGCCUUUCUGCCUCCAUUCAAAGACUCCGUUGUCGCUCCAUGUACGAGGCCCUCAAAUUCAGGGAAGGAAUUGCAGAUCUCGGGAGGAAGCUGGUUGAUAGGAUCCGGGGUAAACAACAACAACGUUUCAUAGCUCUUCACUUGAGGUAGCGUCCACGAAAUCGAGUCGUAAACUACGUUCACUUUUCAAAAGAACAUUUUCACCAUUCACAAAGUCUUGAGUUAUAAGAAAUUUGUUGCUUUUACCUAAACCAGCUGGAACAAUAAUGGAUGACUUGCAGAUAUGAAAAGGACAUGUUAGCUUUCACUGGAUGCAGUCACAACCUCACAAAAGCAGAGGACGAGGAUCUAUUAGCCAUGAGAUUAAGCACAACCCACUGGAAGCACAAACACAUCAAUGGCACAGCAAAAAGGCUAGAAGGGAAUUGCCCCAUGACACCCAGAGAAGUGGCCGUGUUCCUUGAAGCCUUAGGCUAUCCAUCUGAUACCCAGAUUUACAUAGUUGCAGGGGAGAUCUACGGCCAGAACGGGCUUGAUGCACUCAAGGAGAAGUAUCCGAAUGUGCACACUCAUUUCAGUCUAGCAACAGAAGAGGAGAUGGAUAGCUUUAGGAAUAGACAGAAUCAGCUGGCCGCCAUUGACUACAUCGUUGCCAUCGAGAGCGAUGUUUUUCUGUAUAGCUAUGAUGGUAACAUGGCUAAAGUAGCCACCGGUCACCGGAGAUUUGAAGGGUUUCGGAAGACCAUCAGCCCUUACAAAUACAAAUUUGUGAGAUUGAUCGACAAGCUGGACAAGGGUCUGAUACCAUGGGACGAAUUUGCAAGCAAAGUGCAAGAGUUGCAUAAGAACAGGACUGGGGCUCCGUCGCCCAGACACCCAGGGCGUUCCUCCAAACAUGAGGAGAACUUCUAUGCAAACCCUUUUCCCGGUUGCAUAUGUGAAAGGACACGAGAAAACGAAAAGCUUAAUGACCUAAGAUAGGGGAUGAUAAAAAUUUAAGCUAGCAACAUUUUUUACUUCU